AUGCUGCCGGCACUGGCAGUUGCACCGGCCACUGCAUAUUGCGUGCAAACGCCUUGGAGGUGGUAUUGCUGUGGGGUUUUGGUCGGUGCUCCGGCAAAUUUUGAGCGCCACACUCCGUCCAAUUCCACUGCUAUACCCGAGCUUACUCCCAUGGAGCAAUGUGCCGUGUUCUACGAAGCCUUGACAGUCGAUGGUGGAACGGUGACAUCGAAGGUGUGUGAAAAUGGCAGAUUCAGGACUAGAAGUCAGAGCAGUCCCGCAAGGGGCGCCUUUGAUAUCAUCGUGCAGCCACUUCCAGAUCUUCAUCUUGCCUGCCAGCAGCUUCAGAAUACGGAGAAUACAGGCGUGCCCAAGAACCCCUCAGUCUUCGAUGUGCUCCUCUUUUUUCAGGACGGGCUCUUUGAGUGGUUGGCUCCAUUCCGUUGGAUUCUGGCCGAGUUCCUCACGGCCUUGGCUUCGCCACUGAGAAUUCGCCAGUUCAAGGUGGCGAAGUCGCUGGAGAUGUCCCUGUUGCCUGUGUGCGCGAAGUCCUUGAUUGUAGUCGUAGCCUUCCACAAGGCGCAUCAUUUUGAUUUUCGAGCCUAUGCCACCUACGCACGCAGCCGCGGUGCGCGAACCUUGGCACUUCUGCACCUGGGACACGAGAAUCAAUGGGAAACAGAAGGUCCAGAAGGUGCCGUGGAGGACCUCUACUCAUGGGGCAUCUUGCAUGCUAAUGGCAGCCGUACUCGCACGAAGCGCGACCUGCUGCAUUACUUUGAGGAGUACAAGCACUUCGACUUCGUUUUGCGACAACACUUCUCGCCUGCCUACGCACAGAGGAGCCUCUAUUUACCGCUUGGUCCGGGUUUAGGUUGGCUUCAUGGCAGGGGCCGAGCCUGGCGGCGAGCCUCCUCAAGACCACUUUUCUGCCGCGCUGCUUUUUCGAGACCCUUAGCCUAUGAGUACCAUUGGGACCGUGGAGUUCUUACGGAGCUAUUGAGAAGCGAUCCAAGCCUUUGCAAUAUGACUGGCACUUGGGUGGAGGCUCUUGAUGAGCAGCUGAUGAGCGCUGCCAUUUCCCUGUGUCCGUUCGGGAGCUCGCCGGAAACGGCUCGGGUUUGGGAGUCGCUGCUAGCAGGAGCCGUCAUUGUCAUGACCAAAGCCUCCUUUGCAUCCAUGGGUUUGCAAGCGCCAUUUGUAUUGCUUGAGGAUUGGUCCGCUUUGGGUGGCGUUCUUGCUCGCUUCAAGAACAAUCCGGGCGAUCUCGACAAGCUUCAGGCCGCGCAGUGUAGGUGGUUCAACGCCUACAUGGCUGCUGUGCGGAGGCAGCUGCGCAGCAUCGGGCAACGUUUGGGUUUCCCUCGAGUUCGAGAGGCCGCGUCCUACACCACCUUCACCACCUUUGGGGCAGCGAAUUCAUUCCUUGUCCAGAUCGCAGGAGAAGGAGAUCGAUUCAACUCCGAGUUGUCCAAGUCCAACAGCACUGGAGGUCUUACAAAGCUCAUCCUCGCUCGGAGCUGA